AUGUCAAUCCCUCAAACUCAUAAGGUUAUUCUUAUCGAAGAAAACUCUCAAUCGUUAGACGUUCUCAAGUACGUAGAUGUUCCAGCUCCACAAAUUGAGAGCGGCAAUGAUGUAAUUAUCAAGAACAAGUACGCCGGUGUCAACUUCAUUGAAGCUUACUUCAGAAGUGGUUUAUACCCCAGUGAAAAGCCAUACACGUUAGGAAGAGAAGCUGCUGGAGUGGUCGCCGCAGUUGGUAAGGAUGUUACCAGAUUCAAAGUUGGUGACAAUGUGGUUUAUCUUGCUGGCAAGACAUUUGCUCAAUACACUAAAAUCCCAGACAGUUACAUCACCGUCACCAAGUUGGCUGCUGAUAUCUCAGAAGAAGGUUUGAUUACUGAGGCCGGUGCUCAACUCCAAGGUUUGACAGCUUUAUCCUUAGUUGAAGAAGGCUACACCGUCAAGAAGGGUGAUAAAAUUUUGGUUUGGGCUGCCGCAGGAGGUGUAGGUAAGUUGUUAACACAAUUGGUCAAGAGAAAGGGCGGUAUUGUUUUGGCUGUUGCGUCAAGUGAUGCCAAGUUGGCUGAAGCCAAAGCUCUUGGCGCUGAUUAUUUAAUCAAUUCUAAGACUGAUGAUGUUGUUGCCAAGGUUAAAGAAUAUACCGAUGGUAAGGGUGUUGAAGCAUCCUACGACUCAAUUGGUAAAGAUACAUUUGAUACCACUUUCGACUCGUUGCGUAGAAAGGGUACCUUCGUUUCGUUUGGUAAUGCUUCGGGCGCAGUUCCUCCAUUACUGAUUCAAAAAUUAGCCACGAAAAACAUUAAGAUCAUAAGAACUACUCUCUUUAACUACGUUACUGAACAAGAAGAGUACGAUCACUACGGUAAUGAGUUGAAGGAAUUAAUUGCUAGCGGUGAAUUAAAGAUCGAUGUUUCUAAGGUUUAUCCCUUGGAAGAUUACAAAGAAGCUACCGCUGCUUUAGAAGGUAGAAAGACUACAGGUAAGUUGGUUCUUUCCAUCCCUCAAUAG